ACCUCAAAGUCAAGGCCUUCGCCCGGAUGAUCCCGGACCCCGAGAAGGCCCGUAAGGAGGCCGCCAGGCCCCGGACGGACGACAAACCCGAGAAGCUUCUAGCACCGGCUAGAAUGUUCGUCAGUAAUAUUAUUUACCAGAAGCUGAGUGAUGACCCACUCGUCUAUGCCAAGGUGUUGGUGGCGGUGGCGAGUAGUAAAGCGUGUCGGGCGCUGCUGACGCGCGGCGCACCGCUGCAGGUGUACUGCCUCGAGACCGGCAAGCUGUACCCGCUGGAGGCCGAGGCAAAGAAGGAUGUAUCCCGUAUAACCCUCACCGGGGACGAGGAGGUCUCAGGAGUGUUAAUAGCUCUAGCCACGCGACUCUACCAUCCUUCUCACCAGGGGCAGGAGACGGAACAGGUAUCGGACAGAGACCGGGAACAAGACGGUGAGCGUAUACUCGAGGUUCGAGACGCCGCGGAGCACAUGAUCGAUGCCUGCGAAACUAACCAGCAAGCUGAACCAGCCAUCCAGCAACCCAGCAAUCCGUCUAGCCAGCAAGAUCAAACCAGCAACGAUGGCACGUCGGCUAACACAGCACACACGGUGCUGCUGAACAUACUUUCAAACAAGACCAUUCAGAUACAGCCUUGUCCGGGCUCCACGGUGACGACGGUGACCACCGUGACCACGGUAGCGCCGCCACCGCCGCUCACCACACCUAGACCCGGAUCCGGACCCGGACCCGGCGAGGUCGUCGAACUCAGCGACGAAGACUGAAUACCAUCUGAUGCACACCUAACAAGAUUAUAUAGCUACAAAAAGUUUUUUUAAUAUUUAAAUUUAAUCUGAAACUAGCUUUUGGAGCGUUCGCUUCUUCUUAUUUUCAAUUAUAAAACAUGCUUAUCUAUGUGCAAUAAUGUAACGUACGUACAGAUUGUCCCAACAAAGUCUAGGAUUGUACAAGUUCAUAGGGAUUUCUGUAUUGAUGUUUUAUCCCUUUCUUACGAUAUAAAGUCAAAGUGACAGAUUAUGUGAAACGAUUAAUAACCAGCUAUUUGAAGCUUGUAGCGUCUUUAUAUUAUAAAAUAACAUUAUUAGGAUGUAAGCUAGCAUUAGGUAGUAAAAAUUAAAAAAUAACAUGAAUACCAGGGUAUUUAUAAUAUUUUCCAAUAGUGUUCAUUUAUAACGCAAGACGCUGAGCAGUUGAAGUAGGGUUGUGGUUUCAUUUGAAACUUCUAUAAAUUCAUUUCAGAAUCAAAAGCCAUUUUACAAUUUAGAGUAUUAUAAAAUUAUUACCUUAUUUGGAAUUGAGUCACCUACUUCUUAGCCUUCUUAGGUCUCGACUUUUAACUUAUUUGAAAGUAGAUAAAGGUCAGAGCACACCGGCUGCGUGUGCGAAGACGUGCACGUGCGAGUGCGCUAAAAUAUUCGAACCGUGCACGCACACGUCCUGCAAGCGGUGUGCCGUCUCUUAUAAGGAUGUGUAUAGUACAACGCGCACGUCUAAGCACACGCAUCCGGUGUGCACAAGCCUUUAAAGGUAAUAACGGAAAUUAGUUUUUUUGCAUCUGAAUACAGUCAGUCAGUCAGUUUUUUUGCAUCUGUAUUGUCUGUUGAUGAGACGAGCGAUGCUGAUACCAUUAAAUACUGGUCUGACUUCAAUUUUCUACUUUAUUCGAUUGUUCUGUUUGACAUAAACUAAUGAAUGAUCGUUUCGCAUAUUUAAUGUAUUGUUAGAUAUAAUGCGAAUUUAAUUAGGAUUUUUAAAUUACUUACCUACUUAUGUAAUAAAAAAAAGUGUUAAAAUAUGGAAAAAAAUAUGUAAAAUGCUGUAUUAGACGAAACUGUUUUGGGGUAUCAGUCCUAAAUUGUUAAGUCGUUAAUACUCUCCGAGCAACGGUACUAUAGACGCGGCAAGGGGAGGGGGGGGAGAUGAGCGAACGAGAUGGUCUUACGGAACUUUUAGUAGGAGCAGCAGAGAAAGCACUAUUAUUGUUUGUCAUUGUCAUAGUCUCAUUUUUCAUUUCUGGCUGAUUCUAACAGUCCUAAGUGCCACUUCAAAGCGGUAGACGUUUUGUUGUUGGCCCCCGGUUCCUGGUGGGUAGCAAGGAACCCGACUAAAUUACGUAGGUUGUUUUUGAUAUGUUGUAAGUAAUGUUAAAACGUGUUUUUAAUUUCGUCGCAUUGUGUCUGAGGGCCUACCGGCAACCAGGGACCGGCCCGCUAUCCCUUAUCGGGGUAUUAUAAGGGUAUUGCAUAAGGCUUAACUCACCAUACCCUUUGCCAGACGAAACCCUUUGUUUUGCUUUUAAAAACCCUUAUAUAAAGCUACCACAUUUGAGUAAUCGGUAGCCCAAAUACCCUUACAAAACCCUUAUCAUCCGCUCACCAACACCUUGCAUAUUGCUUAUAAGGGUUAGCCUUAUAAAGGGCUUCCCUUUUAGCAUAUAAGCGUGCUAAUUUAAGUCGUCUACCUUGUUCAUAAAGCACACAUUACUUCGAAUCCGAGCGAUCGUCGGCGGCGACGGCGGCGUUCUUUGACUAGGCACGUAUUUUCUUUCCUUUUCAUACACUACCGUAGAUAUAUACUAA